CUUGCUGCAGGGAGGAGCAUUGAGCAUCCGUCUCACUGUAUUCAAGAAAACGGAUAUAUACAGUACUUUUUAAUUUAAAAAACUUUUCAUUAGCUUAUGUUCAAAACCUUUUAUAUCAUCUAUUAUAUGCACAAGGGGUUUCAACGCGGAACCUUCUAGCUAUCAUCUGUCUCAAGGAGGGCGCGGGUUUUUCAGUUGUAUAGGGAAGUCGUCUCAUUUUAUUUCCUGCGCCAAAAAAAUGCAAGACAUGGUCAGUACAAUAAAACCUCGAUGAGAGGAGCGUGAGCCGGUGGGAAGUGUGCUGCAUAACUGCCUGAGAUAAUGCUGUUGACACACGCAGCCUGGAGCUGCUGCUGAGGGAGGAACAGACAGUCCUGUACAGUCAGGGAACUACUCGCAGAGAGGGACCAUGUCCCACAGGAACCCCAGCCAGGGCAGCCACCGCACAAUGAGCGCCGAGGAGAGGAGCUCCACUCCCAUCCGCCACCACAAGACACCUACACACAAGAGCGCCUCGUCCUCCUCCUCAUCCCAGCGCGACGGCCGGCAGGAGGCAGACAGCUGGGAAAUCAUCGAGGGGCUGAAAAUCGGUCAGAGCAACGUCCAGAGGCCAGAUAAACACGAGGGCUUCAUGCUGAAGAAGCGAAAAUGGCCACUGAAAGGCUGGCACAAGCGUUUUUUUGUCCUGGACAAUGGGAUGCUGAAGUACUCCAAGUCACCAAUUGAUAUUCAGAAAGGCAAGCUGCAUGGCUGCAUUGAUGUGGGUCUCUCUGUCAUGUCCAUCAAGAAGAGAGCCCGCCGCAUUGACUUGGACACAGAGGAGCAUCUCUACCACCUCAAGAUCAAGUCCCCAGACAUCUUUGACUCCUGGGUGGUCAAGCUGCGCCACCACCGUCUCUACCGGCAGAAUGAGAUCGUCCGCUCCCCCCGAGACGCCACCAUGAGGACGUUUCCUCCCCCUGCCAGCACCGAGUCCCCCAUCCCUCACCCCCACCCAGCCCCCUCCCCCGCUGCAGGACAACAUGAAGUAAAGCAGACCAAGCCCACCAGCCUUCCACCAUGGCAGUCCCCCCCGGCCCUUAGGAGCAGAACCAGUCCCCCAACAUGGCAUCCCCCCCCUGCCCCCAGUAGCAGCACCAGCCUCCCACCGUGGCAGUCCCCCGCAGCCCCCAGUAGCAGCACCAGUCUUCCACCAUGGCAGUGCCCCGCAGCCCCCAGUACCAGGAGCAGCUUGCCUGCCUCCUACAGUAACGGGCAGAGCAAGGUGGCCGCAUGGCUCCAGGAGUCAGAGGAGAUGGACAAGUGUACAGAGGAGCUCGCCCGCUGCCAGUCCAGCCUGAUUGAGCUGAGCAAGUUACUGCAGAGCCUGGAGGGCCUACAGAGGACCCAGUCAGCGCCCAAUUUCACUGACAUGCAGGUCCCCUCUCUCCCUGUGAGUGCCAGUAUGUCGCCCACACGCCUCCACUCCUCCAACCCCAACCUGUGCGCUGAGCAGGUGGACUUCCAGACCCCUGUCUCUCGCCAGAUUCCUGACAACAUGGAGUGUGGCGGUGACUACAUCAAACUACAGGAGGACUUCUGCCUCAUCGCUCAGAAAGUCCACUCCAUGUUGAAGUCUGCGUUCAACACAGUGGCCAUGGAGAAGGAGAAGAUCAAAUCUGUUCUCUCAGACCAGGAGGAGUCAGAGCGGCCUGCCCAGGUCAUCACCCUCAGGAAGUCUCUGUCACAGGCCCUGUCCCAAAACGCUGAGCUUAAAACCCGACUGGGCCGCAUCCACUCUGAGUCGGUUCUGUCUGAACAAACCAUCAGUGUGAACCUCAUCACCAGUCCUGAUGAGGGGAGUGAGCAGAGGGGAAUCCCUCUGACUCAACAGACGUCCAAUGAGAGCAGGCUGUCGAUGUCAGAGUCUGUGUCGGAGUUCUUCGACGCCCAGGAAGUGCUGCUGUCGGCCAGCUCGUCAGAGAACGAGGCCUCAGACGAUGAAUCAUACGUCAGCGAUGUGAGUGAUAACAUUUCAGAAGACAAUGCCAGCGUGACUGAUAACGUCUCCAGACAAAUGCCGAACGGAGACCUGGCUGGAAGUGCCUUCCGUAACGGACGUCGCCCGUGUCUCCCCGCCCCCUCGCCAGACUGCAGCAACAUCAACCUGUGGAACAUCCUGAGAAACAACAUAGGGAAGGACCUGUCCAAGGUGUCCAUGCCUGUGGAGCUCAACGAGCCCCUCAACACCCUGCAGCACAUGUGUGAAGAGCUGGAGUACACUGAGCUACUAGACAGGGCUGCCGAUACGGAGGACCCUUAUGAACGCAUGGCCAUUAUGGCAGCGUUCGUCAUCUCAGGAUACUCCUCCACGUACUACAGAGCGGGAAGCAAGCCAUUCAACCCUUUACUUGGAGAGACGUAUGAAUGUAUCCGUGAGGACAAGGGCAUGUGUUUUAUCGCUGAGCAGGUGAGCCACCAUCCACCCAUAUCAGCUUGUCACGCUGAUUCCAACAAGUUCACCUUCUUGCAAGACGUCAGAUGGAAAAACAAAUUCUGGGGGAAAUCAAUGGAAAUCCUCCCAAUUGGCACCGUUAAUGUUAUCCUUCCAAGCUUUGGGGACCACUAUGAAUGGAACAAGGUCACCACCUGCGUGCACAACAUCCUAAGCGGGAGAAGGUGGAUCGAACACUACGGGGAGAUCACUGUUAGAAACACCAAAAGCAGCGCCUGUAUCUGCAAACUUACCUUCGUCAAGGGAAAUUACUGGAGUUCUAAUGUGAAUGAGGUUCAAGGGUUUGUGAUGGACCAAGAGGGGAAGGUGGUACGUCGGCUGUUCGGAAAAUGGCACGAGGGCCUUUACUGUGGAGUCCCGCCCUCUGCCAGAUGCAUCUGGAGGCCAGGCUCCAUGCCCACAGACUACGAGCUGUAUUAUGGCUUUACCAGGUUUGCCAUUGAGCUCAAUGAGCUUUGCCCUGAGAUGCAAGACCUGCUACCACCCACAGAUGCCCGCUUCAGACCCGAUCAGAGACACCUGGAGGAGGGGAAUGUGGAAAUGGCAGCCUCAGAAAAGCAACGUAUUGAGGACAUGCAGCGCACCAGGAGGAAGUGGCAAGACGAGAACGACAUUAAGCAUGAACCACGCUUCUUCAAGAAAGUGGUUGAUGCCAAUCAAAGGGAGCGCUGGGUCACUAACAACACCUACUGGGAGCUUCGCAAAUCCCCCGGCUUCAUCAACAUGGAAAACCCUAAUCUAUGGUAGCAUAUGGAUCGCUAUGCACACCAUAUCAUCAUCGCUGACAAAGGCUUUUAUCUAUGCACAAUGAGGUUUUCAAAUGAAUAUCUCAUUGACAAAAUGACAGUGUGGAAGGAUACAAGAGCUGAGAUGAGUUGAUGACUUACCAUCGCCCUAUUCAGCCGGCCAGUCACCCAUUCAAGCAUCUUCUUGGAUCCCCCUCAUUGAGCUUGGUGCGGAGGCUGGGUUGUCAGGGCAACAAUCUUACCAUGUAGAUCUAUCCUAAGUCGUUUUGUGUUUGUCCUUGCCUUAAAUGUCAUCUAUCCACACCACACAUUUUAAAGCUUUUAGUGAAACCCACUUGAGUUCUGAUAGCGGUUUGAUUUAGACUAGUGAUGGUAAUGAAAGCGGUUUGAUUUAGACUAGUGAUGGUAAUGAAAGCGGUUUGAUUUAGACUAGUGAUGGUAAUGAAAGCGGUUUGAUUUAGACUAGUGAUGGUAAUGAAAGCGGUUUGAUUUAGACUAGUGAUGGUAAUGAAAGCGGUUUGAUUUAGACUAGUGAUGGUACUGAAAGCGGUUUGAUUUAGACUAGUGAUGGUAAUGAAAGCGGUUUGAUUUAGACUAGUGAUGGUAAUGAAAGCGGUUUGAUUUAGACUAGUGAUGGUAAUGAAAGCGGUUUGAUUUAGACUAGUGUUUGGAUUAGGCCUUUGACCAACUACUAAUGUAUGUGUCAUGCAUGUUUAGAGUCCAGCUUUCAUUGGCAUAUCCUAUAUAGACUAACAUUAUUUGUUUUAAAAACAAAAAUAAAAUAAAGAAGUCUGAAGUUUUUGUAAAAUAUCUUCAACAACAUAGAAUUGAGUGAAAAUGUAUCUAAUAUACAAUAUUGGAAGAUUGCUCUUAUUUAUUUUUUUAAUUAGCCAUUGGCAUUAGUUCAGUCUGAAUCAUAGCUGUAUUCUCUAUUGGGUCACACAUUCUUUGUGAAAGUUAGAGAUUCUCCAGUAGUUUUGUAUAGUUUUCAGCCAGUAGUUCUAAAAGUAGCACUCAGGAGCCAAAAAAAGAGGAAAAUUGUGUACUACAUCACGUAUGUGCAGAUUUGUGCACCACAUCAUUGCUGUCUCUCUCUCUCUCUGCUGUGUGUGCAUGAUGUGCCUCUUGUUAGCUGUCACUCAAAUGGUUGAAGCUCAUUGGUUGAACUCAAAUUUCUAGGGGGCUGGACCACGUGGGGGGAAAUGGUGCAACUCAGCUUCCAGAAAAACAGUUACUUUCAAACUAGGGAUUGUGUGUCUAAUUGAGGUAAAACCAUAAUUCUGCUCAUAGAUUAAGCAUGUAUGAACUAUACAUUAGCCCCGUUUAUACCUGCCACUUACAUGCGUCCUUCGUCCUGAUCUUGCCAGUAUACAAUUGUAAGAUCUGAUCAAACUCAGUUCACAACGUGUCUUUUUUUAUUGAUCUACACCUCUCUAAAAAUGUGGCACAAUCAGAAUGAGGACAAGAACAGAACAAAGGGCGCAUGUUAUUAACAGGUAUAAACAUGGCUAUUGACACAUCUAGCCCAAAGCGAGAGGUUUAAAAAAUAUAUUUUUUUAAACGUAUUUGUCGGGAAAGUUCCGGAACAUGUCUUUAAUUUGUUUUAAUCACUGGUAUUGGUGAAGGAAAUUGCUGUAUGCCGAGAUGUUUUCUCAGCAACUCCCAAAGACAAAAGCCCUUGAGUUGAGACGUUUAGUUCCAGCUUGGCUAGUUGAGGGAGACUGGCCCAACAGCUGAUACAUAAGCACUGGAAAGUGACAUCCUUUUUCGAGCCUUCAUGCAGCACACCCCCCUUGUCACUCACCACAACUGUUUAAGUUACAGACAAAUACUUCCUUGUAAUUAACUUUUACAUGUAUAGACAAUUCUGCUUUCUGUUAUUCAGCUCACACAAAAAAAUAUUUUUGAAAGUUUAAGAAAGAAAAAAAAGGUAUGAAUAUAAUUGGAAUGUUCUUUAAUUUCCUGUAAUACAAUUGAUCUGUGUUGUUGUCUGAGUGUUAUAGUGAGAAUCCUAGCCUGCAGUAGAACUAUAAAGUCAUGCCAGCACCCAAGACAUCUGAUAUGGUGAUAUGAAGACAUACCUACUGGCCGUGUGCCCAUCCCUUCUAAAUAAUCUAUUUCAACCCGGGUCACUUGUCUGGAUACAUAGUUACACCGACUCAUCUUUGAUACAGCUCUAUGUAUAAAUAAUGUGGUAGCUGGUUGGCUCGUUAGUGUAUUUCCUUUUCACGUUAUUUUUCCAACUAAGCCCCUCAGUGAAAUGACAAGCGUAGUGAAAGUGGAGUAGUAGUCCUGCUGUCCUGUAGCAGUAUAGAGGUCAACGUGACCUCUACUGGGAACCACGUGACCUCUACUGGGAACCACGUGACCUCUACUGGGAACCACAUGAUCAUUGGAGUGUCACAACUACACCAGACUGACUGACUAGAUACCCCCACUUAUACAACUACACCAGACUGACUGACUAGAUACCCCCACUUAUACAACUACACCAGACUGACUGACUAGAUACCCCCACUUAUACAACUACACCAGACUGACUGACUAGAUACCCCCACUUAUACAACUACACCAGACUGACUGACUAGAUACCCCCACAUACAAGUGUAUUGUAAAACACAAGGGAUGCCUAUUUGCCAGUUCUUUGACAAUACAUAACAGAUUCCCAUAAACAUAUUAAUUUGUGUUAUGUAAAAGAGGCCAAGGGCCAAAAUGAUUUUACAACGUUCAGAAUUAUUUUUGCUUUUGCAAAUCCUUUAACGUGGCAAAAUGUUGAUGUUAAAGCCAAAGACAAGUGUUUUUUUUUUCAUUAUAGAAAAAAAUAUAAACUCAUUCUAGUUAUGGUGUUUUCAUUAUGUAGUUACCGCACAGAGAAAAGGCUAUUAUAUUUGAUUAUCCUUUAAACAAGUGUCCAGUUCCUAGAAUUUACUGCUAUGAUGUUGUCCUUAACCAUUCACCAAUACAAUUUUAAAAGGAUUAGAUUUUUACUGCCAAAUAACUUUAAUGUAUAUUUGAUGUCCCCUUCCCUCUUGUCACCGUGUGUAGCAGUCCAUACACAAUGGUUCAGUGAGUUAAUUACCACAGGAUCUGCAACGAUACAUUAUACAUUUGGAUUAUAUUUGAUUUAUUCUUUGUUUUGUUCUAGAGAAGCUGGAAAUUGAAACGAGGAAAGUGGUCCUACGUUAGAAAUAUAUAGAAUGGAAACGUUCAACUAUAAAGUCUUCACUAUUAUUUUCGUGUGUAAUGUCCAGUACUGAAGAUUAAGACAGAAAAACGAUAGAUAUGACUACAUCAUCAUAUUGCAGCCAUGUAUUCAGAAAUCUAAUUUGUUUGUCCACUGUCAAUUCCACUUGAUGUGCCUUAAUACAUUUUAUUAACGCCUCGCAUACAAUGUUGAUAAGAAACCACAUACAAGUCAGAUAAGGAAACCAUUUCAAAUCCAAUCAACCACUUUCCCCACUUGAGUAUUGUUCCCCAAAUUGUAUUAUGUACUGAAUAAUGUUGGGGAAUAGAAGUGCUCGGAAUGUGUCUGAAAUCUUGGUACGAUGUAGGCAUUUCCCAUAAAUCUAGAGAUUCUAAUUUUCUGUGCAGUCAACUCCACUCAUUUGUGAUCACUGUUAUUGUCAGUAUCAUACGGUCAGCCCAGUACUCUACUGCACUACAUGUAAACAGCAGAAUAUUCCUGUCUCCUCUUUUGGAUUGGAUUGAUGUAAAGACUUUACUAUCAACAUCAACAUAAUACUUAGUUCAUCGGGAUAUUUGAGGAGGAUCAUGUAGUCUGAUGUUCUAGAUGAAUACAUUGUUUUCAGAGAGAGAGAGAGACCUUGUAGAAAAUAACUAAGACUUGUUUCAUCAGAGUAGAACGAUGAAACGUCCUGAGUAGUUAAUGGGUUACAAUGUUUAUGUAUCUGCAUGUUUAAAUGACACAGCCUGCCAAUGAAUGUUGCAAAUGCCUUAUGAAAGAUUUUUAUUUCCUCUAUUGGACUUUUUCUUUUGAGUUUCGAACUGACAUGUAAACAUUACACACUGUGUCAGCUGAGUUCUUUAAGUCCAUUUACUAAUGGGUUCCUUCUAAAGUGCAAUUGUCUUAAGUACAUAUCUUUCCAUGACCACUGUACACUGCUGCUAUCAUAGUGCUUGUUCUAAUACAAAAUAAAUACAACCGAGGAGUCUGCCACACA